AUGAAUUCGUUAAAAUCAACCAACGUCCGAGUGCAGAGCACAACCCAUGAGGCGGCCAGCAGCAAACUUUCCGCCGUUAAUCUAGGAUACUACUCGGACCCGUUCUUAAAAUAUUUUGUCAAAAGGAUCGAGAAAAGGAGUCCCCUCAUAAACAGAGGCUAUUACGCCCGCGUCGCCGCAGUGAGGCAGUACAUUGAGCUCUUUUUCAAGUCCCUAGAGGAGGAGGAACCCGUCCAGGUAGUGAACAUCGGGGCCGGCUUGGACACCACCUUCUUUUGGAUAAGCGAACAGCGGAAAAAUGCCACCUAUUACGAAAUGGACUUCCACGAACUGCUGCGGGAAAAGGCGAACAUAAUAAACCGCGUCGAUGAGUUGAGGGGCUUUCUAAAGGGAGCGGAUCAGGGCGACGUGGCAAGCAAGCCAGAGGUGGAGGGCAAGCCAGAGGCGGAGGGCAAACCUGGCGAGGAGAACAAACCCGGCGUGGGCGCAGAUCUCAUCAACUGCGCCAACUACAAAAUGCUGUCGUUCGACCUGAACCACUCGAGUCUCCUGGAGAAGCACUUAACGAGUUACGGGUUCGACUUCUCAAUCCCCACUCUGUUCAUUUGCGAGUGCGUUUUAAUUUAUUUGGAGAUAAGCAGCAGCGACAGUUUGAUACAAACGCUGGCCGGCCUUAUGCGAAGCACCUCCUGCAUGUUGGUGUAUGAACAGGUCAACCCGAACACCGCCUUCGGAAAGGUGAUGAUAAGCAAUUUCAGCCAAAGAGGAAUAGAACUGAAAAGCAUCUUCAAGUACGACAGUUUGGAAAAGCAACUUUGCAGAUUUAAGUCCCUCGGAUGGAGUCAUGUCUACAUAAGUGACAUGAACGAAAUUUAUGAUUAUCACUUAAAUCGGGAUGAGAAAAAAAAAAUUGAAAAAAUAGAAAUGUUUGAUGAGUUUGAAGAAUGGAGGUUGCUACAGAAUCAUUACUUCAUUCUCGUUGCGUUUAGUCCUUCUGAAGAUUUAAGCAAGAAUGCUCUGUAUGUUUUUUUAAAGAACAUGAAAGAUGGGGGAGGAGGGUUUUCUCCAAAUGUUUAGCGAUAUGUGAAGCAGUCGUGCGCCAUAUGUUUAGUGAUAUGCGAAGCAGUUGUGUGUUAUAUGCUUAGUGAUAACCGUUCGGUUGUAUCUUUCUCCGUUGUAUGUUCCCCACUGCGUUGAUCAUUUUUUUUUUUUUUUUGUUCCCCUCCUGUUAUCCGCUGUCCGGAUGGAUAAAACUACCCCUGCUCAUCAUGCGUAACUCGUUGCUGUGUAAGCGUACCACAGUGCGCCCACGUAUUUGUAGUGGCAUUAUUUGCAUUUAUGUACCACGUGGCAGGUUAUGCUAAAAGGGGGUUGGCUCUCAAAAGGUAACAAACAUUUUGAGGGAAAAAUAUGGACAUUGGGGGUCGACCAAAGAGGGCUUAAACGUACGCGGUGCUUAGCACUGUGGGGGAGUAAAUCGCGCAGAAUACGCGGCGGGCUAGGGAAAUGGUACAGAAGUUGCGGCGCUGCACUGCGCUUCAUCACACUUCAUCACGCUUC